AUAUUUGUGGUUAUUUCUAUGUUAUUGUUUUUCUUUUCAAAUUAUAUUAUUGUUUUUCUUUUAAGUCAGCAAAUAAGUACAUCAAAAACAUCUGCUUGUUAUAAAGAACAUCUUUCCUAACAGGUAUAUUAUGUAUGCCACUGUCUCUACCAAUCUUAUCAGGUAUUAUUUUAGAAAUAUCAGCUUUCAGCAUAGUAAAAUGGCUACAGAGAAAGUAAUUGAAUCCUCAAUAAUUAACAAGCUUCAAGAAAAUCUGAAACCAACAUUCCUGAAAGUUCUAAAUGAGUCUUAUAUGCACAAUGUUCCCAAAGGAGCCGAGACACAUUUCAAGGUUGUGGUUGUAUCUGAAGAAUUUAAGGAUUUACCACUGAUUAAGAGACACAGAAAAGUAAAUGAACUUUUAAAAGAGGAACUUAACGGUGGAGUACAUGCCUUAUCUAUAGUGGCUAAAACUCCAGACCAAUGGAAAGAUGAGGAAAUUGAACCAAGCCCAAACUGUAGGGGAGGAUUUGGAAAAUAGGUUUUGAACAUUUUGUAGUUUUAAAUUAAAUAAUUCAAAAUUAUUUUGUAAAUUAUCGUUGUUAAAUAUACAUGUUUAUUGUAAAAAAUAAUAAGACUAAA